GGUGGAGAUGGAUGAUUCCGAAACAUGAUCCUCUGAGAUCCGUUUCAGCUCCUACACUUUCGGUUCGUUUGUGUCUCGGGUCCCGUUAAAACUGGACCGGUCAGGUAGGAGCUUUUUGGAGGAAUGGGUGCUCUACAGUCCUUACCUGGUCAGCCAGAAUACAUUGAUCUGGCGGAAAAGACGGGGUCCCUAAGGUUUGCUUCUUGUUUGUUCUUAGUUUCACUUGAACAGAUUGCAGUCCUGCAUAAAAGAUUCAAACAGUUGAGCCACAAUGAAGAAAGUCUACGGAGAGAUCACUUCAAUGAAAUCCCAGAUCUUGCAUGCAACCCCAUCCGUGCACAGAUCAUAGAGGCUUUCUUUGACAGAAGAAACUAUCGCCAGAAUGGUGAGGGGACGGUUGAGGAGAUCGGCUUUGAGGAGUUCCUGGUGGUCAUGUCCCAUUUCAGGCCCCCGUCUCUGCACAUGACAGAGGAACAGCGUGAGAGUGUCAGGAAGGAGAAACUGAGAUUUUUAUUCAACAUGCAUGACACAGACAACGACGGGACAAUAACUCUUGAAGAAUACAGACAUGUGGUGGAGGAGCUGUUAUCUCGCAGUGGGGCACUGGGGAAGGAAACAGCCAAAAGCAUUGCUGAUGCAGCCAUGCUGGAGGUGGCUAGUAUUUCUAUGGGACACAUGGAACCUGAUGAAUUCUAUGAGGGAAUUACAUUUGAGCAUUUCCUCAAGUUGCUGGACGGCUUUGAAAUUGAAUCAAGAAUGAACAUUCGCUUUUUGAAUAUGGACACGACAACUCUGUGUAAGUGAGGUUGGUACACUUCACUAUUCAGUGACUUUGUGAAGACUCUAUUAAUUAUAACAGCAACUAUUGCUUGUUUCCAACACCAACCUUUGCUGCUUGCAUUGACUAUAUGCCUUACUUAGUGAAUAACUAUGCAAAUCCAAAGAAAAUAUGUGUAUUGUGGAUGUUUAGGGGUAGUUUAUUUAACUGUAAGCAAUAAUAUUAGAUAAUCAGUGGAUCAGUGAAUCACCACAAUCAGGCUGUUAGUAGUUCGACAAAGCAAUAAUCAAAUAUCCACGUCUGGAGUAAAAGACAGUAUGACUAUGCAUGCAAAUAUGGAUGCUAGAUGAACCUUUACAAAUGUUAAUGCCAUAAAUCAAUAACUCUAAAUAAUCAGGUAUAUACAGGUUUGUCAAAGUAUCUAUAUGUGUCAAACAACAGUAAGACAAUAACUUGAAAUGCCUUGACUCUGACACUCUGCAGCAUAUUUAACUUGAUGCAUGCUCUGCGCACCACAUUUGCACAAUAAAAGACCCCAUGAAGCAGGUCUGACUCCAGUUCACAAUGUGCAUUUCUGAUAAAAAGGAAAUGGGAGUGCUGUCAUGCAAGAUUAAAUGCUAAAAAGCAAAAUUUGAUUAGUUCUAAUUCAGAGGAGAGAAGGGUGAUGUACUGUAAGUAGUGACAUAAUCAGAUUUUAGUCUGAUUUUAGAGACAAACUAAUGCAGUUCAGUUUACAUGAACCUUGAAAACAAAACAACCAGCAGUUCACACCAUGCUUUCUCAGAAAAGUCAGUGUACCCUCAAGAGAGCAAACUACUUAUGGAAAUAACUCAAGUGAACUGUGGUAUAUGAUGUCAUUACAAUAUUUUAAAUUUGGAAAAUUCUCUUUAACAAUUCAGAGAAGUCACAACAGAGUGUGUGUUGGAGAUUAUGGAAACGCAUUAUUAUGCUCACUCUUAAUUAUAUUUAUGAACACUUUAAAUAUUACUCAGUCUGAGCCUUCAUAGAUCAUAAAAUCAUGAGGAAGUCAUGCUUGAUGGUUGAACAUUUUAUGUCUGCUGUAACUUACACUUAAAACCACGUUUGUUUUAUUCCGACAUAUAAUACAAGUGUGACCAAACUCUUUGCAGCUUCAUCAUACCAGAUGUUUCAAGAGAUAUUAUCAGUCCUAUUACUCCCACUUUUUGGUCAAAACAUCAAGAACAGUAAUCUCAUGUAAGCCUUUUCAGAAAGGCUCAAAAUAAUGAAGAUUAAGGCAAGUGGGUUAUAAAUGGGCAGUCAGAAGCAGAUCUCUAAUCUUACAAAUCUUUUUUUCAUUUUAUGGAAAGCUGCUGCUCUACUCUUAUCUAUACUGACCUGCACUGACUCCACAACCUAAUGUAGUUUCUUCAUUAAAGACAUUGGUCGUGACUUUUUAAUUAAGUCCCCAGCUUUUGGUGUUACUGUACAGUCUGGCACUGAAUAUGUAUUGUAUGUUGGAAAUAAACAUACACUUCAUUUUUUAACAUUUCCUGAUAGACUGUCGAGAAUGCAAUACAUACAAUGCAAGAUACCCAGCGGCACUUCUGAUGCACUGCGACUUCAUACUCUAGUCAACAUCCUCAUUGACGAGUGUAUACUGCCCUCCAUAGGUCAAAACAUAUAAAUCAUGUUAAAUGAAAUUGAACUUGCACCUGAUUCAUUAAUGACAUUUUUUUAUACAUCUUCAGAUUAUGUAAAAUGUAUAAUAUAGUGCUUUUCAAUAUGAUACAUUCUGGGUCAUUUUUAUGCAGUUUCUCAUCCAUUUAAAUUAUUAGAUUUGUCACUUAUACUGUUCAUGACAUUAUAUCAUUAAGGCCUUUUAAACUGUCCAUAUUUUUGCAAUAAAAUAUGACAUGUAGCCUGAUUGUGGGUCUGAUUUUUAAUUGUUCAUCGUUGUACAGACCACGUUGUAAAGUGGUCUGUAUUUCAGUCCUGAUCACAGGCGGCCUAUUUGUAGAGAAAUG